AUGGUCAUGAGCCUCCUGAAGGAAUGUCCUCGAGAUCCGGAGCGAUUCAUGCUGAGGUGGCUCUUGGAGCAGGAGACCUUCGACCGCUGCGGCAUCAACUCGCUGGAGGAUGCAGCAAGGGAGCAGGAAGAGAUCAAUGCUCUGCGUCAACAGGUCGCAGAGCUGAAGCGGCAACGGGCUCAGAUGAAGGCACGUCUGGCCCACGUUGUCGCAGAGGACCCUGCUGGGCUCAUUCAGCCCGGAGCGCAAGAAGCGUGGCUUGCCAACACCGCCAACACUGGACACCAAAGCCUGCCUUUGAGUGCGCCGUACAUGCAUGCUGGAGACAUGCGUCCGUAUGCUGGAUGGAGUGGCGUCGAUCUCGCGCUUCUCUUCCGGCGAUUAGACAAGGACCGCAGCGGCGAGCUGGAGAUUGAUGAGGUGAAGGCCGCCCUCCGACGCGUCCUAAGGAUUCCGCCCACUGUAGUCCCAGACUAUCAGAUCCAGUCUUUCUGUGCGAUCAUGGAUACAGACUUCUCUGGAGCAGUGGACAUCGAGGAGCUUGUGGGUUUCAUUCAGGGUGAAGGCUACGACACGUAG